AUGUGGACCCGUCAGGUGUCCAAAGUGACGCUGGUGUACAAGGCAGCGGUUCUUGCAGCCAAGAAUCGUUUGCCUCUAUGCCGAUAUUUAAACCGCUGUUUCGUCACGUCAAGAAGCCAAGAGCGUGCUGAAAAGGCCGUACGAAGCGUUGAGCAACUUUGCCUAGAGCAGCGCAAUUGUGCCGAAACCGCACAACGUGCAUCUGCAACGUUUCAUAAUGGAUCGAACGAUAUGUCAGACCUUCAGAUAGUCAGGGGCAUGAACGCCUUUGCCAACGUUGGUUUUGCCAAUCAAGUAUUGCUGCUCGUGUUAAGCGAAAGGAUACAGGAAAUCUGCGAAAAUGCCUCCCCGAUUCGGGUUGCCCAUACGCUCACACUCUUGAAGCGCAUGCACGUAACCCAUCCCGCCGUAAUAGACCAUGUAAUGCUUGCGGUGAAGCGCUACCUGCAUAAUUACGUGGCGGAGCUUCCUGAUAUCGUUCUUAAUUGCAGCCACGUUGGAUGCGAUGACGCAGACCUGAUAGAGAUGUUUCGUUCUCAAGCCAUGCUCCACUAUGACACCUUGGGAGCACGGUCGAUAAGGUGCGCCGAGGCCCUUUCCCGAUUCAGGAGCGAACAGUGUGCUGUGCUAGACCGAGUGAUGGAUACGUAUCUUACAAAGUUAGAGAACCUGACGAUUAAGCAACUCGUAUACCUCUUGUCGGCUACUAGCCGUAGCAGCAAACAUGAAGCAUCAGCCGCGAUAACUGGCUCUUUGCUCUCUCAUAUUGCGUCCGAGUCGCAGACGCCGGAUAAUAUAUCAAGACUGCUGCUGUUGCAAAGCUCGUCAGGAGUGGCGCUGGCUCGGGUUUUAGAUACGAUAAUGGACUCUAUGGAGCUUAUGAUGGAUAAUCCCAAAUACGUUACCGACACGUUGCCUUACCACAUCUAUCUGCUUUGUCUGUUAGAAAGAGGCGGGCAUCGUAGCACUCUGGCAUUCCUGGAGCGCUCUUUAAAAAACCCGGUUACGCUUCUAUCGCCAUCCUCGGCAUGCCAGCUGCUGUAUGCCAUAUCCAUCGUGGUUAGGCACCACGGUAAGCAAGUCGUGGAAGAUCGUUUGGGCGUCCUCCUACGGCACAUGAACUCUUGCUACAAAAGACUGUCGCUUAAACAGCAAGAGGAGUUAUACGAGUCUUUGCUUUUCAUUCAGGCGUAUGAAGAGCUUCCCGGGAGCCUUUCACAUUUCGUUGCGUCAAAGAUUCCGUCGCGGCUGCCGACUAUGUGCGGGGGAGGGGUCGAUCUGCAGUUAGACACCAUAGAAGGCGUUAGCUACGUUUUAUUCGGUCACGAAAACGUUGCGCGUACAGCGCUUGUAUGUGUCAGCGAGUCGGAAGCUCUAACCGUGUUGGACGACCUCCCGUCGGUGUCUAUGGGACCACGCGCGCAACAAUACUCACGCACACUGGAGCAUCUUUUUUCAAAGAACCAUACACACGGAUGUGUACCGGCUAUUUCAUACAAUGUGUCAACAAAUCUUUCGCGAAAGCUGGUGUUUUAG